AUGAAUCUUCUGUCGUGUUUAGGACGUCAAAAUGCUGAUGAGGGUGACCCACCUGACACUCCUAAUAUUGAUAAAUUAAAAACGUUUAUUACUCGUUUUCAAGCAGAUCCUAAUGCGGAAACAUCAUUUAUUAAACGACCUGAUUCAACUCAACUUUGUGAAUGGACAAAAAAAGUUUGUGAAUAUUUACCAAGUUCAACUGAUGCUAAUACUGCUACUGGUGAUGAUAUCCGUCCGAUGAAACAACAUUUUGGUAUGAUUCAACAGUUUUAUACUAGUGUACAACAAGCAGGAUUUACACAAAUACCAGCUACUGUACAGACAUUCUUACAAAGUAUACAAAUAUAUGAAGCCGUAUCUGGUUUAGCUUGUGUUAUAUUUGCUGAACAUCCUGAAAUACUUAAAGUUAUUGAAAAUCAAUUAAAUGAAGCAAGAGAAGCUCUUACAGAACAUGGUGGUAUGGGUAUUAUUGGUCUAUUAUGUUGUGGAGCAAAUAUGCUAGCUACAAGGUUUAAUGCAAUACUUCGUGUUAUCGAUGAAAAAUUAGGUGAACUUGGUAUUGGUCGUGUUUUAGAUUUUCUCGGGCAAAUAAUUGAUGUUUUUUGUAAAUUCUUUCGUAUUGAUAUGGCAAAUAUUAUGGAUUUACAAAGUAUUGCUGAAACUGUUCGAUCUCUUAUCGAUCAAGUUGGUCAACAAUUAAGUUCACUGUUUGGUAAACUAGCACUUACAGGUGAUAAACGUACAACAAAUGAUCGAUUUGCUCCAUUGGAAAUGACAUCGAAAAUACAUCGAAAAAUUUCGAAAUUUGGUACAAAAGCACCAGUCGUAGAAAAAGCAUUAACAUCAUUUCAACAUUUUUAUCAAGCAGCUAAUAAAGUCGACGAUAAUUUAAUUCAAAAACAUGGUUCAGAAGUUGCUCUUCAAGCCGAUGCUGCUGCUGCUGUCGAUCCAACAGGCGAACCUUUAUUAGCAAGUAAUAAUCCUGAUAAUAUUGAUUUAUCUCGUUCGGAUGCCGUACAAGUAUCUGCAACAAAUACAGUGAAAGAAAUUGGUGCUAUUGGACAUAUGAUGCAAAAUAUUGAAUUAGUAUUAACAUAUGGUAUACUUGCAUUAAAAAAUGAAGAUGAAGUUUUACAACCAUUAUCAAAUCAUAUUGAUGAAUGUACACAAAUUCUUGAGAAAUUUUCUGCAUUACAUCCAUUAUAUAAAGUUAUAUGUGGCAGUAAUUAUUUAAGUAAAUUACGUGUUUAUAUAAGUAAAAUUGUUGAUUUAUUAAAAAAUUCAAAUUUAAAAUUAAAUUCACCCGAAGAAUUUAUUAAAGAAAUUAAAGAUCGUUAUCCAGAAUUAUUACGUUUAUUAGCAGAUGAUAUAAUACAAGAUAAAAUAAAAAAACAUCUUGGCGAUAAAUUACCUGAGGGAGUUGAAAAUGUUUUAAAUGAUGCUGCAAAAAAUAUUUUUGGGAAAUUUAGCUCAAAAUUUUAA